AUGCACUUCUUUGACUUACCUCAAGAGCUUCUGGAAGCUAUCUUGGCACAAGCCUCGCGUGGCUCUCUCGCCAGCCUCGCGCGGGUUUGCCAACGCCUCCGACCGCUCGCCGAGCGCAUCCUGUACCAGUCGGUGUACUUGCGAAAUCACGACGGAGAAAAGUUCACCUACGCACUGGACUGUGUGCCAGCUCGCGCCGAGUAUGUUAGAGAGCUGAUAGUUCACUACCAUUAUGUCGAUGUUGAAGAUGAAGAGGAGUAUUAUCCCUUGUAUGCAGAAACCCUCUCCCCGACGAUCGGGCGUCUCGUAAAUCUGCGAACACUUGUCAUCAAGGGGCUCGAGUUCGACGCGGACCGAGAAGAGGACGAUGAAAUCAUUGGGGGGUAUGAGAGAGUCAUCGCAGAAGCCGAGAAAUGGGACACACUUUUUGCGCAAUCUGCUGUGCCGGGCUCGCAGAUCCUUCCCUCUCUUACAAAAUGUAUGAUGAUCAUGGACGACAUCGCGCCCAAUCAACCAGCGUGGGACUUUAGUCUGAGGGGCGCCGUGCUAAUCCAUCCGUGCCUCCAAGACCUGACCAUCGUCGGGGGCGAAAUUGAGAGCCUGAAGAAUCAUGUGCCUUCACCACGAUCAACGCCCCUCGAGAGGCUAAGCCUGUUCGGCUGCGAUGUGUCCCCCUCUGCGAUGGGCGAGAUGUUGUCGCUGCCACGUGCCUUGAAACAUUUGACGUAUAAAGGGGCUCCAUGGUGUUACAGGCCCACAAAUCUUAUGCCGAACCGGCAAAUAUACGUCGACAAGAUAAAGGCACAAGCGGAUUCGCUUCUGAGUCUUGACAUUGACUUCUAUCCAGGGGUUGUUGACAAUCCCCCGGUAGACUUCACCGCCCUCCAGUGCCUGGAACAACUUACCGUCGAAUCAGAUGCAUUGAGAGGAACUGGAGAAUACGACCCGAAGAACAACAGCAAACUAUGCCUCUGGAAAAGCCCCGAGCUAAAAUGUCAGCUUCCUCCAAGCCUCAAGCAUCUAGUGCUGUUCCUAUACUGCCCGAAGAACCCGCCAGAUUGGCGUACUCUAAUUAUACUCUACAACUGGAUUUCGCGGGGAAGUUUGCCGAACCUGGAAAAGGUCACGUUCCAGAUAGCAAAACCGUGUGGGCAAGAGAUACUGGACCGUUCGAUCGGAGGAAAUGAAAUGUCGAUUGGUCAGGCUUUUGGAGAGGUCAAAGUGCAAUUGCAGUUCGAGCUGGUCCCUAACAGCAACAACGACGGCUACGAGCUUUUCGACUGCCCUGAAUGCGGCGUAAAUUGGCGAAACAUGCAUGCUUGA